AACACCACUUAUGCUAUGCCUGUACGUCAAAAAGAGAAAUCGACAGAAGUGAUCUCUCUUUUCCCAGAUUUUACAUGUUAAGAAAUAACAGUAUCGUGAGAUUUUGAUAACAAAACGUAAAAAUUUGUCGAAAAUGAUUAAAUUGUUUUCGUUAAAGCAACAGAAAAAGGACGGGGAGGUCACUCCUCGAUCGGGAAAUCAAAAAAAGCCCUCCGCAGCUCAGUUAAGAAUUAUGAAAGAUAUAAACGAGUUAAAUUUACCUAAAACAUGCACCACAGAGUUUCCAGAUCCCGAUGACUUGCUAAAUUUUAAGUUAGUAAUAUGCCCUGAUGAGGGUUUUUAUAGGACAGGUAGGUUCGUUUUUAGUUUCAGAGUGGGUCCGAGUUACCCCCAUGAGCCUCCAAAAGUGAAAUGUGAGACCCAGAUCUAUCACCCAAACAUUGAUUUACAGGGGAAUGUAUGUUUGAACAUUCUAAGAGAAGACUGGAAGCCUGUGCUUACCAUAAACAGUAUUGUCUAUGGUUUACAGUACUUAUUCUUGGAACCCAACCCUGAAGAUCCAUUAAAUAAAGAAGCUGCUGAAGUUUUAACCAACAAUCGAAGAGUUUUUGAACAAAAUGUGCAAAAAGCAAUGAGAGGUGGAUAUGUUGGCGGUGUUUGCUUUGAAAGGUGCUUAAAGUGAUGUAUU